GCCUUCCUCCCCGGGCCCCGCUCUCCUCCUUCUCUGUGUCAGUGCCGUCAGUCAUGGAGCGGCUCCUUCGAGCCGCGGCGGCAGCAGCAGGAGCAGCGGCGGCGGCGGCAAUAACAGGAGCAACCCCAGCGCUAGCGGCCUGGGACGCCCAAGGCAGCCUCCUUGGCGGAAGACCCAGCAGCGAGGAGGUGCUGCAGGCGCGCGCGCCGGGGUCCGCACGAGCGGCGGCGGCGGCGGCGGCGUCUCGCGCCACUGGGAGCAAGUGACUGACGGCGCGAGCCCAGGAAUUCCGUCUCGUGCCUGCACUGGGAGUCGCUCAAACGCACAGGCACGCGCGCGUACGCAGCGCCUCUCUCUCUCUUCCUCUGCCUGCGAUGCUUCAGUGAGUGCUUCUUUCUACCCCCUCCGACCGGCCCCACUUCCCCGGCAUGCAGCAACAAACAGCGGCGGGUGGAGCGGCAGGACGGGCUACGCCAAGUGUGGCGCGCGGAAGGGCCCUCCCUGGGUGGAGGCGUCGCCGUCGUCGUCUUCUCUCCUCUCCCUUCCCUCUCCACCCCCCCAUCCCCACGCCGCUUCUGCCUUUCCCAUACAGCUGCCGGCAGGAAGACCUUAGGCUCCAUCUGCCUCGGUGCAUCCUUCCUCCUCAGCUUCCCAUUUGCCUCCCUUCUCCCGCCCUGGCAGAAAUGGGAAGAGCGGGGUUGGGGCCGAAUGCAGCUUGGAUGGGGUAAAGUUUGGAGCAAAAGGGGACUUCGAGUUCUUGAAACGCGUGAGGCGUCCUGUAUUGAGUUACUCUGAAUAGUUUUCGUUUGCUUUACCGUUGUGGCAUCGAUUGAAUAUCCGUGCUAUACAGGCUAAUGCACAAGGUAGUUUGGUCCAUGAGAAUUUAAAAAAAGAAAUCCCAAAUGUUACAAGCUUUCAAGUUCUCCAGAAUUUUUCAUCAGGCUGGAUAAGCAAGAUAUAUCCUUCCUUUCCAUGCAGAGUUUACAAAUGAAAUAGCUAUGUACUACAGCAAUUAUCAGCAGCGGUUAUAGCAGCUAUGGUAUACUGUAUGAGCAAAUGUUGUGCCACCUUUGAAAGUACACAAUUGAAACAUGAUUUUAAAAAUACAGCUGGUAUUAUACCAUAUCUCUGAAGGAGAAUGUCAGUCAUUGCUGACUUGUCUCUGGUAGUAAUCAGAGAAUUAUAACUCGCUUGCAUAUACACACUUUGGUGGACAAAGAUUUUUGUUUUACAUUUCCAAAAUUGCAUGUAUUUUUCAGAUCCUCAAAGGGAACAGACUGUAUUUUCUUAAUUAUUGCAAAUUCAGCCUAAAAUCUCUUUUGCCUUUGUAGGGGAGUGCUGAAGGCAUAAUUAUACCUCUCAUGGGGUUUCUUCUCCUCCCCUGUCCCCCCAUAAGUAAUACAAUUGGUAGAGUAGUAAAUCAUUUGUGUGGAACAAAAGUGAACAUUAGAACUCUGCAGAUGCUACUACCUUAAUUGAUUUUGCAUGAAAAGCUUCAAGGAACCUCAUAAUGGUGAUGCUUUUAAAAUACAUUAGGAAGGUCAACUAGUAGUGGUAAAAUAUGAGUUCUACUGUAAGUUAUUUCAUUGGAACUUCAAGUUUGUUCAACAAUAUUUUAUGAGCUAUUACUUGAAAUCAGAUUUGCUCCCAAUGGGGCUAACAAACCCUCAGCAAUUCUGUGUUUUCCUCUUUUACAUUAGAACCAUGGUCCAAAUGUACAUAUGUAAUGCAGAUGCCUUUCUGAAAUUAGGCAGGUUUGGGUCUGUUGUGCUUUGAUGGGAUGCUGCCUUGAUCUUCCUAAAGAAAAUGCAAGAUAUGCAUGUAAUAAAUCACUCUGAGUGAGCAGAGAUUUUAGCAGGUAACAAACACCCAGAAUGCUUUUCUAUUUCACUUACGCACUUUUUUUUGAGUUUUACUCUGUGCCUUUCAACCAUGCUUGAGGCAAAAGUUAAGGUUCUACACUAAUGUUCCAUUCAACAGGAAUGACUGCUGUUAUGCACUAUUAGAUAUAAAGGUAGGGCAGAGUGUCAAAUAAAAUAAUGAUCUGGAAAUAGAAACCUUUAAGCAAGCUGACCUUUGACAGCUAACUAGGAAAAGUGAAACAAAACUGAAAUUAAGUUUUCAUUUUUCAUAUGUUUGACAGAGAAAAUAGUAUUAAGAGUGCACAGCAGAAUUUUAUAAAAUCACAUUUGAUUAUUAACUGCAGUACGCUAAUCACUAAGAGGGUUCUAUGCAGGAUGGCAUAGUGCUUCUCCAGUGGGCUUAAGUGUAAAAUAUUUAAAAACACUGCUGUUGUGCUUGGGAAUAAAAAUAGGAAAAGUGAAGGAGAACAGCAGCCAUUAGAACCCUGAAGUUGUCACUAAUGAAACAUGCACCAUUUUCACCUAAACCUCUGCAAUCCUAAAAGAACCUCAGUCCUUGCAAACUUCUGUGCUUUGAUGCUUUAUGAUCUGAGUGAUAAGCUGAUAUUUCAUUGAAUAAGUAAGGGGUGCAUUUUCUACUGUAUCAGCUUUUGGAAUGCAUAAUGAGUGUCAGUUUCCCACAGGUUUUUAAUUCAACAACCAUGUUUUAAGAAAUGUGCUUCCUUUUCUUUUGGAGGUCAUGAAACGUGUACGCACAGAACAGAUUCAGAUGGCAGUUUCCUGCUACCUAAAACGCAGGCAGUAUGUAGACUCGGAAGGUCCUCUGAAACAAGGGCUUCGCUUAUGCCAGACUGCAGAAGAAAUGGCAGCUAAUCUAACAGGUACCAACUAAAGUUUCAUAAUGAGUUUAUUGCAGGUGUCGCCAGCAUGGUGCCCUCCAGAUAUUAUUGGAUUACAAACCUAUCAUCCUUAAAAUUUGUCCUUGUUGGCGGAGCUGUAGUCAAACAGCAUUGGUCAGACACCCUGCUGGCUACUUCUGGUUUAUAGUAAAGUGCAAAUCUCUAGUUACUAAAGAGUGAAACUUCUAAGCAAUCAAUUGGGGACAGACUGAAGCAUGAAUGACUUCAUGAUACUGUAACACCCACUUGUGUCCAAAGGCUGGGAAGCAAAUAAAUAAGCAAGCAAGGAGGUGAUCUGGCAAUUUACCAAAUAAGACAAAUCAAAAUGAAAUGUACAGCAGGAAUGCUGCCAUUUCCAAAUAUUUUGAAAUGAUUUGGCUGCCAAAUAUGUUUGGGAAGUGUUUUUAACGGACAUGUUAAAAUAAGUAAAUUUGGGGUUUUUAAGGAGAACGGCCUUUUCACUGAGAUGAAGCUAAAUGAUUUAGACAUUCUCUAGCUCAUCUCUGCCAAGACGAGAACUGUAACUGCUAAAUAAUGAAUUCAACUUUUAUAUAUAGAACUCUACAGCCCUGACACUUUUUUGUGGUUCUAGAUGUUUUACAAUAAGCAUCAGAGCAAUGUGUUAUUUUUUGCAGUUUCUUUCGACUAAUUGAAAGCCCAGAUAAAGUUAAUCAAUUCAGGGGAGACCCACAGAGACAUAACUGAAUUGUUUAGAAGUUAUAUUUAAUACAAAUAACUUUAGAAGUACCUAAUACCUCAAAGCACAAUUGCCCACACAGAAUGUAGCAUUAAAGCACUAAGGCUGCAAUUCUAUAACCAUGUUCCAUAGAACUCAGUGGGGCCUGCUUCUGAGCAGACCAGCGUAUGAUUGCACUGUUGGUCUGGUAAUUCAGGAUUCUGAGAUUCUAUAGAAGUAGGUUCUCAUACUGCUUCCUUCUUGGGAGUUACGCUGAACUGUAUAUUACGUUUCCAUGAAAGAAAUGCCCAACCACCUGCUUCUACAUCACAUGAGGCUUGGACAUGUGCCUUUGGAAUCACUAUUAGCAUAUGUGUUCAUCCAGAAAAUCCAUUUACUUCAUUUGUUUCCUGUGCAUCUAGUGAAAUAAAUCGCAAAAACUGUAAAUCUGGACACUGCUUUUCUUAAAGCAAUUUGAGGAUUUGGUACAAAUCAGAGGGUCAAAUAAGGACAAUCGUUUCUUGUUUAACACACACACACAAAGAUUGCUUUGUUAAUAGGCCUAUAUUCCCCUAAAUAUUAUAGAAUUGUGGCAAAGAGUGGGAGCUAUAUGAAUGCUACCUUCUUGCACUAAAUCAUGUUCUAUGGUUAGGUUCCAGAACCAGCUUUUGAUGCACUUUAUUCAUUGCAUUUGUUUUCCAGGUCCUAGGCCAAAACUGUAACAAAUACAGAAGCAUUAAUGCAGGGGUGAGGAGCCUGUGACCCUCCAAAUGGGAUUCCAGCUCCCAUCAACCCUAGCCAAUAUGUCCCAACAUCAGGGAUCAUGGGGGUUGUAGUUCAGUAGCAUGUGGAAGGCCCCAUGUUCUCCUCCACUGAAUUUUUGUAUUCAUGAGGGAAAUUAAAGGGAUAGAUGAAAAGGGAAUGUGGGUGAUAUAGAAGCAAAAGACCUAACUUCAGCUAAAAAAGAAGUACACAGACAGUUGGAUAAUUCUGAUCACAUGGACAGAGUUACUUAUUACCUUAUUUCUAGCGAAUUAUUGAAUACAGUGGUACCUCCAGUUGCGAAUGGGAUCCGUUCCGGAGGUCCGACCGUACCCAGAGGAAUUCACAACCGGAGGUGCCGCUUACGUGUGUAGCGCGUAGAGCGCUUCUGUACAUGCGCACAUGGCGAAACCCGGAAAAAUACUUUCAGGUUUGCCGCGUUCGCAUCCUGAAAGAUACGCAAACAGAGGUGUGCGUAUCUAUUUACCUCUAGGAGGAGGGGCUGUCUCUCUGUUUUAACUCAUGAAAGAAUGAGUUUUUAAAACUAAGACAGUCUUUUAAAUCUCAUUUAUUAUUUUACUUACAAGGUAAAUUCUGUCAGGCCAUGCAAAAUGUUGGCUGUAUUGAUGCGAAUUGUAAAAUACUAACUGAUUUAAUGAAUAAAAUUCUCAGAUUCUAAAAUGUAGUGCCAAGUUACUUGUAGCAGGCUCACUGGUAAUACGCUUUGAGUCUUUUCCAUUCUUGCCAGCUUUUAAGUAGCUUUGCCUCAAAAGAUCGCUUCAGAAUCCUUUAGAUCGCUAGAAUGACUUAACAGUGAAAUCAAUAACUACUCCAGACUUUUAGAGCUUAAGUGACUUGUGGUGGUUCUGAGAACUUGAUUGCUGAGAACUUGAAUACACUGAGAAAAGGUGCAAGUGUGAGGGAAACAUCACAAUUAUGAGAAGUAUUCUGUGCUGGAUUUUUAUUUUUUUAUUUUUUAAAAAGUAGGAAGGUCUGAUUCAUGCCAGUCGGUGGCUUUGUAUGUUUGAUUUCUCCAUAAUCAAAAACUUUCUCUUCACUGGACUUAUGAGUGAACAAAGUCUGAAAUAAAGUGUUUUUUUGAAGUGAUGCCAGGUGAUACAAAAUCUCUGUGGCAUUGGUUUGUGAUUUCACCUACAGGUAAUGAAUUCACUCCUGUCGCAGCAAAAUGCAAGUAGAAUGGCAACAUAUUCACUUGUAUCCCCAUUUCCAGUGUGUGAUUUAAAAGAGAAGAUAUUUGUCUAGAAAUGCCUUUGUCACAAGAAUAAAAUAUUUGAGCAGCUGUAGCCCUAUUGCUUGUGGUAUUGAGAUGAACAAGUGGUUCAUCUCCAUCAUUCACUGAUGGAGGAAUAAUACUUAACAUAAUAAAAGCCUGCUGGAUAAAACCAAUAACCCAUCUAGUCCAGCAUUCUGUUCUCACACUGGCCAACAAGAUGUCUAUGGGAGGGAGGGAGGCAAGCAGUACUAGACUGCUUCAGUGACUUCACAAAUCUUGUCUUGAAUGUAAAAGUUAAUAUAUGUGCAGCAAGUGUAGGAUUACUUUUGAUCAUCUAGCACAAACAUUUUGUUUGCUCUAAUGAUGUUGGUGAUUUGGCACUUUUUAAAAACUUAUCUGUCAAUUGUGUGUUUCAAUGUAAGAACAAGGGUGUGUUGUGUUGCAGCUUCCAGUGCUUUAUAGAAACUAUUUUUAAAACCUUUGUUUGUUCCCUUAGUUCAGUCUGAAUCAGGUAGUGCCAACAUUAUCUCUGCUGCACCCUGCCUAGCAGAGCCACAACAAUAUGAAGUACAGUUUGGGCGAUUACGCAACUUUCUUACAGGUGAGUUUCAUAAACAUAUGUGCCAUAUCUCCCCUGACCCUCACUGGGUCUUUUCAAAUGGCUUUUGCGUCAUCAUUUGUGAAGCUACAAAUUCUGCAUCCUUGGUGCAUGUAACAAUGGGAGAGAGGCUCCCAUUUUGUACAUAUAGUGCCUGAAGUUCACUCUCAUGAAUGGGUUAUGCUGGCCCUGAUGGUUAUUCCUGAAUAGAGUCAGAAAAUGGUCCCAGGAAGGUGGCCGAAUGGGGUAUGGUAGUUUUACAUUUGACAUGGAAUAAUAUAUUCAGAUGUACUCUUGAAAUUACCAUUGGGAUUCACUUUGGCCAAAAAGCAGAAAACAAGCAAGCCAGUACAAAAAAGAAGGAGAGCAUAGCAUGUUAUGGUACUUCCCAAACUGCUGGUCUGUGUGUUUUCCUCCACUCCCAGGUCAACACCAUGUCCCUAAAUGUGUGUGUUCCUAAAUGAUGCAUUAACAGAAAUGGGCUAGUUGUAUUCUAAAGCUCUUCUUUGAUGGAGAGCCCCAUGCCUAAUUAAAAAUGAAGUAUGGCUUAGCAAAACAAAUGCGGGUUUUUAGGACUUUCAGAGCAGCUGGAUAUCCUUUGAUGAGGUGAAAAUUGCACUGAAUGGCAUGCAAUGUGCAUUUUUAAAACACAGAAAGAGAAGCCACAAGUGCCUUUAGAAUAUGUUUUAUCUUGCUUUCAUAAAAAUAUCUGCUGAGAAAGUGAACCCUCUCUCUCUUUCCAUAUGUUUAGAUUCAGAUUCCCAGCACAGCCAUGAAGUGAUGCCUCUUCUGUAUCCCCUCUUUGUCUACCUCCAUCUUAACAUGGUCCAAAAUGGCCUGAAGAGCACAGUGGACAGCUUCUAUAGUCGCUUUCAUGGGAUGUUCUUGCAGAAUGCCAGCCAAAAAGAGAUCAUUGAGCAGCUACAGACCACACUAACCAUGCAAGACAUCCUAUCCAACUUCCAGCUCCGGGCAUUUCUAGACAACAAAUAUGUCAUCCACCUUCAAGAAGACAGCUACAACUUCCUCCUUCGCUACCUCCAGAGUGACGAUAACAAUGCUCUUUGCAAAGUCCUCUCCUUGCACAUUCACUUAGAUGUGCAGCCAGCCAAGAGGAUGGACUACCAGCUGUAUGGUAGUGGUGGCUCUUCACGCAGUGAGAGCAAUGGCCUGGAGCCCACCGACAUGCCUGCUUCCAUCCUGCAAAACGAGGCAGCCCUGGACAUCCUGCAGGAUAGCAUUAAAAGAGUCAAAGAUGGACCGCCCUCGCUCACCACCAUCUGUUUCUAUGCGUUCUAUAACACUGAACAGUUGCUGAACACUGCAGAGAUCUCGCCAGAUAGCAAGCUGCUUGCAGCUGGCUUUGACAAUUCCUGUGUAAAGCUGUGGAGCUUGCGGUCCAAGAAGCUGAAAUCUGAGCCCCAUCUGGUAGACGUCUCCCGAAUCCACCUGGCUUGUGAUAUCUUGGAUGAGGAGGUCAGAGUAUCUUGCUAUCAGUAUACAUUUGGGUGGAGUUGGUUUAUGUUCUUAUUGCAAUGAUUUUUGCUGUAGCCUCCAGCCAGGAAAAAAAACACACCACCACCUUCUGCCCAUCAGCUGUAACUGCUAGGUGAAAGUGAUAAGGAGCAACAACUUUUGCUGGGUAAAGAUUCAGGCAAGGGUUAGUCGCUGUUCUUUGUUGUGCUGAUUGCAGUGUGACAGAUCAGUCCUUCGUUGCUUCUUACCGUUAGAAUGAACAUGUAUUUACAUCUUUGCUAGGAAUUUCCAGGGCCUUCCUAUGGACAGCUGCUUUAUCCUUAAUGCACAUACAUUAAUGCACCCUGACUUCCAAGGUGUGUAAUCAUGGGGUUCAAACUGCAUGAGGCAAGGAGAAAACUGUAUGUAAGUGAAUAUAAGCCUCUAAUGAUAGUAAAUGGAUGCUGUAAGUGAUAGGGCAAGGAUAAACCACAUUUUUCUGUUUCCUGCCAGCAGGUCAAAAGGUGGAGUGGCCCGGCUUUUUACCUUUGGCUUUCUAUAGCCAUUUGUUGUUGUUUUUAAAAAAACAGUUACAGUGGUGCCCCGCAAGACGAAUGCCUCGCAAGACGGAAAACCCGCAAGACGAAAGGGUUUUCCGUUUUGGAGGUGCUUUGCAAAACGAAUUUCCUAUGUGCUUGCUUCGCAAGACGAAAAUGUCUUGCAAGUUCCUGUGGGGUUUUUUUUCCUUUUCCCCCCCUUUUUCCCAAGCCGCUAAACCGCUUAUCAGCUGAUCGGCUAACCGCUUAUCAGCUGAUCGCUAAGCCACUUAUCAGCUGAUCGUUAAGCCGCUUAUCAGCUGAUCGUUAAGCCGCUUAACAGCUGAUCGCUAAGCCGCUUAUCAGCUGAUCCGCUAAGCCCGCUAAGCUGCUAAUACUGUAGCGCUAAUCUGCUAAACCGCUAAUGGGCUUGCUUCGCAAGGCGAAAAAACCCGCAAGACGAAGAGACUCGCGGAACGGAUUCUUUUCGUCUUGCGAGGCACCACUGUAUCUCCCAUUGCUCCCAGGCAGAGGAAUGUGAACUGUGACCCACUCGAUACCUUGGCUUAAUGCAGAUUGUGAACCCCAUGUGUAUGCUUUAAUUACCGUUUUCUCCAACAACUGCUGUCCUACAGUUUCUCCUCUCUAAAUCCAGAGAUUCUCUGUGCAAUUGAUGUAGCAUUUGGAUUUUCAAAGCAUAGGAGUCUCUAAAUCUAUGAAAGGGGGAAAGUGUGGGACAGCCGUAGUUUGGAGGAGAACACCACAUGGACAAAGGGCAAGUAAAUUCUACUCACUGUAGAUGCAUUGCAGUUAAUAGACCUAUGUUGGCAGUGUCCAUUAAUUUCAGUGGUUUUACUCUGAGGAUGACUAGCUUUGGGUACAAUCCCCAAUUUUCCUCACUUCUUGGAACAUGUUAGCAGAAUAGAAGGGCUUUGGAUCCAAUAAUAAUAAUGAUGAUGAUGAUGAUGAUAAUUUAUUUAUACCUCACCCAUCUGACUGGGUUUCCCCAUCCGCUCUUGGUGGCUAUAGGUUCACAUCUUCUACCAGCAUGUCUGUGUGCUGUUUCAACAUAAAAAACAAAUGGGUUAGGGGACUGCUUAAUGUAAGCAGAGAUAGGAGGCUUGUUCAGUUAGAUUUCUCUCUCCAAGAGUAGUUCCCCCAGUCCACUGCUGGAGUCAAAAAUCUAUAUGAUUCUGUGGCCCCUGAGAAACCCUCCCAAAUAUUAUAUGCUACUGGGCUUCUAGUUGGUAUAACAAUGUGUUAAUAUUCUGUAGUACAGUACAGGCAACCCCCAGUUAGCACCGGGAUUGCAUUCCAAGUCAUCAUGUGCAAUAGCGGAGCACGCAUAAGUCCGCUACACCCCACUCCAUCCUCUUUUCUGGCCACUUCCGGGUCGCUGUGAUGCGUUUCUGCACAGUUGUUUGCACUCAAAAAGUUGUUUUUGCAACCUAGUUUGAAUAGGGAUUGUGUGUGUGUGUGUGUGUGUGUGAGAGAGAGAGAGAGAGAGAGAGAGAGAGAGAUUUUCCCCUUUUGAUCAGUAAGGAGUACAUUUCUAAAAUUAUAAUUAGAAUGCAGUGCCUGCAGUCAAGACAAGACUUUACCAUUUUUAACAGUUUUAUCAUCUUGCACCUUUCUAAUUUUUAAAUGAUACAGCGCUAUAAAAUAACUAACAAUAGUAUUAUAAAUUUAAACCAUUAACUCUGAAGCUAAGAAAAUAACUGAGCCACAGUAACUAUAGAAGACAGUUACACUCAAUGUUCGGUGAUAUGUAGUUUUUCCACCAGUUGUACAGUAUCUACUGUUUUGAAAAAUCACUGAAAGUAAAGGGAUCUUUUAUUUCACCCUGACUGCUGCAAAGAAACAUUAAGUAAAUAACAUUUUUCUGCCAUAGUAUUUCCAGCCUGAAUCUACAGGCAAAGAUAUGGGACUAUUGCCAUUCUGAAUGUAAUUUAAUGCCUAUUCAUCCAGCUGCUAAUCUAAUCCAGAAGCAGAAUAUUAGUUGCUUACUGCUUUUUGUACACAGUUCUCAGUGAAUAUCAGCUGCAGCUUUUGUGGAUGGAGUAAGAAGGCUGCAGCAAUCGGAGAUGUCUCCUGGAAAAGUUUUAAAAACAUUUUUAGAGCAACAGCGCUGGUGGUAAAACUACUAUAACCACUGAUUUUAGGUGCUUCUGCAGUUGUUCACGGAGUUGAGGACCCCAUUAAUACCUAAAGGGAGGUUUCAGAUCCUAGACUGCUUGUAUAAAAAGCAGGACUGCAAGCCUUCCAUUGUCCAUUAAAAUAUUAAUUGGGUCUUAUCUGGUCCUGUUCCUGCUUUUCUGCAGACUGGGAACAGUGUAGAGCAGUCCCAGCAAAUUUGCCACUUUUAGUUAGUGUUGUUAACUACUAAGGCGAUGGUGGUGGAUCAUGGCAGAAUUGGCAGGGACCAGCAGCCAAUGGUUCAGAGUGGCACUGCUGUUGAUUUUAACUGGUAUCUUUUGCCAUCUAUACCAUCUUGCAAUAAGUUUGCCCUUCAUUACUUGCAAUAGAAUAUUUACCAUCUUGGGUAAAUUGGUAGUCCUAAACAUCUAAAUAUUGCAAUUCCAAUUUGUUUCCUAUUCUAUAGUUUGCUGCUGCCCUUAAAGCUGGUGAAGCCUUGGGGGUCCCAGAAAUUUUCCCUCUGUUGACUUGUAUGUUCUUAUUGCUACUCUUGAGUGUAGAUCUCAAAUGUUCACCGAUAUGUCCUCUGAAGAGAUGGACAAACUUGACUUCUUUAUUCUUCCUUGCAGGGUGAAGAUGAUGAUAAUAACGUGGGAACAGAAAUGAAGAUACUAAGAGGGCACUGCGGACCAGUGUAUAGCACAAGGUUUCUGUCGGACAGUUCAGGACUGCUGUCAUGUUCCGAAGACACAUCCAUCCGAUACUGGGACCUUGGAUGUUUCACAAACACUGUGUUGUACCAAGGGCACGCCUACCCUGUGUGGGAUCUGGACAUUAGUCCUUGUAGCUUGUACUUUGCCAGCGGCUCCCAUGACCGCACAGGAAGACUCUGGUCAUUUGAUCGGACGUACCCACUGAGGAUAUAUGCAGGCCAUUUGGCAGACGUGGACUGCAUUAAGUUUCACCCCAAUUCUAACUACUUGGCAACAGGAUCCACAGAUAAAACAGUGCGUCUCUGGAGCACACAGCAAGGAAACACAGUGCGCCUGUUUACUGGUCACCGGGGUCCUGUGUUGUCGCUUGCGUUUUCUCCAAAUGGUAAGUAUUUGGCUUCAGCAGGUGAAGACCAGCGGUUAAAGCUGUGGGACCUGGCAUCUGGCACGCUUUACAAAGAACUAAGAGGGCACACGGAUAAUAUCACCAGCCUUACUUUCAGUCCGGACAGUAGCUUGAUUGCUUCUGCAUCAAUGGAUAAUUCUGUUCGGGUUUGGGAUAUUCGAAACACUUACUGCAAUGCUCCCGUUGAUGGUUCUUCCAGUGAACUGGUUGGUGUAUAUACUGGACAGAUAAAUAAUGUACUGAGUGUACAGUUCAUGGCCUGUAACCUCCUUUUAGUGACCGGAAUUGCACAAGAGAAUCAGGAACAUUAACCUUUUUUAAAAAAAAUAAGAAAAAAAAUGGGUGUGUUGUUGAAAUCCAGAGUCUAUUAUAAACUAAGAUUAUAUAUAAUUGACUGUGAAAAAAAAUGUUUUCUUUCCCAUUGGUGGACAUGUCCAGAAUGAUGGAAAUACUGUACUUGAAGAUGUCUUGUAUUGUUGCAAAAAAAAAAAAAAGAUAGGAAGGGGAGAACAACAGGAGAACUUCACUGCAAGGGCAGGAAGCUAUUUGGGGUGGGUGGGAACCAACUACACAUAAUAUUUUUCUGAAGGGAUAGCCAAAACUCAGUCCAAGCAACUCAGAUCAUUGACUUGAAUGUGUUGCAAUUAAUGGGCAUGUCCUGCUUAACUGUUACCGGGAGUUUAUAUGUCUGUCUUUUAGCUAUUCAGCUCCAUCUACUUACUUCCCCACCGAAGUUUCUGUGGCACAAGAAUCUUUGCCAUCAUCUUGGAAAGAAAAAUGUAUUUUGUUAUAGGGUUGCUCCCAAACAUAAGUAACAUUAAAAUAAUGUUUAAAAUAACAUUGAGGCAGGUUUCCAGCUUGCUAAUAUAAAAGGCAUAGUAUUUUUAUUUUUAUCGUUGAAUUAUAAAAAUGUGAUUUGAAUGUGACGGUGGCUGCAAAAAGAUGCAAUUUCGAUUUGGUAUCUUCCAUUAGAUAUAAUGGACUCCUAAUAGAAAGGGACACAUUGCACCUCACCAAAAAUACUUUCUGCAGAUAAAUAUGGGCAAAGGUGUGCAGACGAUGUGAAAAAAAUAGUAUUACUAAAUUAUUAAUUGUGAGAAGAUGCAGCUUUGCCAACUUCCAAUGUUUUCCACUGAUUACUGAACUAUUAAGUUGUUUCAUGAAGUUUUCAUACAAGUGUGUGAGCAUGCAAAACCUGGGGUUGGAGAAAGCAUACUCUUAAAUUUUGUCAUUCUAAGAAGACUGAAUAUUUCUGCUUUCCGGAAAGAGAUUUUGUAUUUUUGUUUUUUUCUAUUAAAGCAUUUAGUUUAAAGAGG